AUGAAGGAAUCCAUUCUCAGUCCAACUGUUAUCAUCAUUAUUCUUGUGACAUUGCUAUCACCAGAUGCAUCAUUGGGGGAGCCAAGAGCUCAGAAUGUUAGGAUGAUGUGCGGGAACCAACCUGAGCACAACACCUCUAUUUUCAUCGUGAACUUUGUUAACGUAAUGGAGAACAUAAGCGUGCAGAUGCGAAAUUCAGGUUUUGGCAAGGCAGUAGUGGGUUCAGGACCUGACGCUAAUUAUGGACUAGCACAAUGCUAUGGGGAUCUUUCUUCAGUUGACUGUGUAUUAUGCUAUGCUGAAAUGCGCACUAUCCUUCCUCAGUGCUUUCCUUCCAAUGGUGGAAGGAUUUUCCUUGAUGGCUGCUUCAUGCGAGUUCAAAAUUACAGUUUCGAUCAAGAGUACACUGGACCAAAUGACACGGCAGUCUGUGGUAAUAGAACCCAAAGGACUUCUGCAUUUCAGAAUUCAGCAAGGCAGGCUGUGGUACAAGCAGUUUCAGCUGCACCAAACAACAAUGGCUAUGCACGGGCUCAAGUGCCCGUGUCAAGAACAAAUGAAUCAGCUUAUGUUCUUGCUAACUGCUGGAGGACUCUUAGUGCUAAUUCUUGCAGAGCUUGUUUACAGAAUGCAUCUGCAUCUAUAUUGGGAUGCUUGCCACGGUCUGAGGGUCGGGCACUGAAUACAGGGUGCUUUGUUAGGUACUCCGACACCAAUUUUCUUAAUCCUAUACCGAAAAAUGGAAGUUCAAGAGGGAAAGUAAUAGGUAUUGUAGUUGCAGUCGCUAGUGCAGUAGUUGUUUUGAUCGUUGGAGCAGUCAUUGGAUUUUACAUCUGGAAUCGCAGAACAAUAGAGAAGAAGAGGAAAGGUUUCAGCGAUGCGGAAAAACUGGUGAGGACCCUUCAUGACAGCAGCUUGAACUUCAAAUAUUCCACACUUGAGAAAGCAACUGAUUCUUUUGAUGAAGCCAACAAGCUUGGGCAAGGUGGAUUUGGUACAGUGUAUAAGGGAGUUUUGCAAGAUGGAAGAGAGAUUGCUGUCAAGAGGCUUUUCUAUAACAACAAACAUAGAGCAGGAGAUUUUUACAAUGAAGUCAAUAUUAUCAGCAGCGUCGAGCACAAAAAUCUAGUCAGGUUGUUGGGAUGCAGUUGUUCGGGACCUGAAAGUCUUCUUGUAUAUGAAUUUUUGCCAAACAAGAGUCUUGAUCUCUUUAUCUUUGAUCCAAGCAAAGGAAAAGCACUAAAUUGGGAGAAGAGAUUUGACAUAAUUAUAGGGACAGCAGAAGGGUUGGUGUGCCUUCAUGAAAACACGAAUACCAGAAUUAUUCACAGAGACAUCAAAGCAAGUAAUAUCCUCUUGGAUUCUCGACUCCGGGCUAAAAUUGCUGAUUUUGGGUUGGCGAGGUCUUUUCAAGAAGAUAAAAGUCAUAUUAGCACUGCCAUUGCAGGAACUUUAGGAUAUAUGGCUCCAGAGUACUUAGCCCAUGGUCAGUUAACAGAAAAGGCAGAUGUGUACAGCUUUGGUGUACUGCUGCUUGAAAUUGUCACAGGUAGACAGAACAACAGGAGCAAAGCAGCCGAGUACUCGGACAGCUUAAUAUCUAUUACGUGGAAUCAUUUCCAGCAAGGAACAGUGGACAAGCUGUUCGACCCGAACUUAAUGCUGCAUAAUUAUCAUAACAUCGACGUGAAGAAUGAGAUUCUAAGGGUUGUCCAUGUUGGACUCUUAUGCACCCAAGAGAUCCCAUCGCUACGACCAUCCAUGUCUAAAGCACUACAGAUGCUGGUAAAGAAAGAAGAGCAUCUUCCUGCACCCACUAAUCCCCCUUUCAUGGAUGAGAUGACAAUGGAACUUAAUGACUCGUGCGAAAACCCAACUUUGCCCAUCAAUUAUGGGAAUCUUGAUUCGGUUGCAAACAUAUCCCAGAGUAUUUUCUAUCCCAGGUGA